CUUGAGUGUACUUUAAUCCCGAGCAGCAGCUGAGAGGUGGCAGGAGGCGGUUUGGGGCACAGAGAGAGUUGAUACCACAUUUCCUCCAGCAGGAAGCAACACAGACGUUGAUCGAGGGAAGCAACAGGAGCAGUGAAGGGCAGGAUGGUGCUGAUGGUGAUGAUAGCGCGGGCCACGGACGGCCUGCCCCUUGCCGCCUCCCUGCAGGAUGAUGAACAGUCUGGGCGAGGCAUGUUGGACUACCAAAACCAGGCCAAGAUGCUGUUCAAGAAGUUGACCCCCAACAGUCCUGCCAGAUGUUCCAUAGAGACUGGACAAUAUGUGUUCCACUACAUCAUUGAGAAUGAUGUAUGUCACUUGGUGCUGUGUGAACGAGGCUUCAGUAAAAAGACUGCAUUCACCUUCCUGGAAGAAAUGUCAUCAGAAUUCACGUCACAGCACGGUCACAGGGUCUCCCAAGCCACUCGGCCUUACUCCUGUAUUGAGUUCGACACGUACAUACAGAAGCUACGCCGACAGUACAGUGACCAGCGAGGCAGGCGACACCUUCACCAGCUGCGAGAGGACCUGAAUGAUGUUCAGCGGAUCAUGAUGGAGAAUAUUGAUGAUGUGCUGCAGCGGGGAACAGCUCUUUCAGACCUUGAAAACAAAGCUACGGGACUCUCCAGCAUGUCAAAAAACUACCACAAGGAUGCACAGUACUUGAAUAUGAGAUCCACUUUUGCCAAGAUUGCUGCAGGAGGUGUGUUAACUCUAGUAAUCCUGCUUUAUUUCUUUGUCUUCUGAAGAGAAAAGACAUCAUUCUCUCUCUUUAUAAAAGAUGAUGCAACAGAGCAUGCAUCAGGAGAGAUUUCUCCCAGAAGUGUUUGCUCUGCUAGGAUAUGUCUUUCAAGUUCUCUGAGAAGUGUUGUCUGAUGGCUUAUUCACAUGCAGCUGUGUGUACAGAUGCCCCAUUCAAGACAGUGUCCAAGUGAAUAAGAAAUGUGAGUCUCGAGUCCUCCACAUUGUGAUGUCUCUACCUGCCAUUUCUUUCACUAUCACCUUACAUCAGUGAAACACCAUUUUACAACAUUGUUCAGUUGGAAAUUGUCAAGUAUGGAACUGUAGAAUAUACUGGGAAAUUGUGUGUGCUUAUCAUUUUAUAAACUGUUACACUUGAAGUGACUGAGAAUAAAUAUUAAGUGUUUUAUCAACCGAAAGUGGAUCCAUUAUUCAUCUACACCCCCAUAAUGAAUACAAUAGAAACAAAUAGAUUUUUACAUUAGUUUGGGAAGGACAAUGUGCAGUUAAUGAAUCAUACAUAUUGCUUGGCUUUUGAGAACAGAACCAAGUGUUUUACAGUGAUAUUCGUUUCAGAACUUUGUGUAAUACUGCUUUAAUUUUUCAACUAUUUAUUAUUUCUAAAAGUAGAUGGUUUCCAGGAAAAUUUUCAUGACCAGGAGGUCAGUAAAACACUAUAUUUUUUUAUCAGCAUAUUGUCUCUCCUGGUGUGGGGUUUCCAGUAUCUGUAUCUGUUCACUUUCUGUUCAGCCUUUCUGUGAAUAGCCCUAAUCCUUCGCCAUUUUCUUCUCACUCCUUCACUGGUGUCCUUCAUACAGGGAAAGAAGCAAUGAAGUUUACAAAUAACCAGCCUUGUAAAACCUGUAAUUUUCAUGAGUUGCAAAGGAAGAAUUAUAUAUAUACUAUUGAGCAAUUAUUUUACUGUAACAUAAUGCAGCACCAUUACAUAGUCAGAUUUUAAUAUUUAUAUCUAGUUUUAAGUGGUCCUGUAAUGCAUGGUGUACGCAGAGUUGUUGGGUGUAGUUGUCCUUGUAUUAUACUGGCCUUUAUUUUGUCUUGAGAGUUUUCCAAUUAGAUAUUGUAUUGCCAUGUUAAUUUUGUUUUAAGUUUUCCUAUUAGAAAUUGUAUUGUUAUGUACAUUAUAUGUAUACAUUAUUUUUUUCCCUUCUUUUUUCAGUAGGGAUAUUUAUUAGAUAAAACUUCCAGGAGUGGUCAAGGAACUUUUAGCUUUUGAAGGUAACAGUUCUGUGUGACUACAAUAAGUGUGCAUGUGGCCAGCAUGAAGCAUACACAGGUGAUGUAGUUUUGGGAAUUAUCAAGAAUGGUAAUGUUGUAGUUUCAUCCCACUUACCAUUUACUGUAUUUCACAAAAUGUUUUUCCCUCCUUGCUUUAAAUUUAGUAUUUAAUUAUUUUUUACAUUAAAGUAAUUCUGACUUGUUUUAACUGGGAAUGAUGACUUUUGAGAUGCCUUGAGAUACCUGUCCCCACCACUCUUCCACUGAUAAGGGAGAAUUAUUAGAAAUUCAAGGAUACUGAAUCCACAAUAUAAAUAACAGUGAAUGCAGCACAUAUUUAUUUUCUUCCUCCAUUUUGGCAUAGAGACCAUGCCAUUAUCAAUGAUCUGAGUUAAAAAAACACAAAAACUACAAAGAAAAGUACGAAAUACACAUAUAUGCACAUAAUUUAGCAAUGUACAGAGGACAGACUGACAUAUUGUUCAGACUGAGAGAGAAUCUCUUUAUGUACAAUAACCCUAAGAUUAUCAGUUCAGUACUGCAAUCCAAAUCUAUCAGACUAGUUCAGUAGACUCAGGCAGCAGCACUGUACUGUAGAUAAAGAAGUUGUCUCUUAUUCAGAACAAUGUUAACCUCUUUUCUAUAUUUGCAGUUACAUGCAUAUACAAGUAUGUAUAUUUUUUUAAAUUUUAUAGGUUUUUUUUUUUUUUUUUUUUUUUUUAUCCCAGAUCCUUUGGCAGACUCUAUGUUGAAACAUUGGAGGAAAAUAAAGAUGUUCUUCACUGCAGCUCUCAGUUAUUCAUGCUGGAACAAAGGAAAUUUAAGGGAGGUAGCAUUAAAACCCAUCCCUAUGUGGAAUUGCUGGCCUGGUAUAUUGAUGGAUGAAUAACAUUAAAACUGAUAUUUUCAAUGGAAGCAAGUCCAAAUAACAGGAAACCAAGGACAAACGUGUUUCAUGAAAUGAUGAACUAAAACCAUUCCUACAGAAACAAUCAAAUAAAUAUAUAAAUAAAGCAUAACAACCUAAACCAAAAUAACUAAUAUUUAUUCUAUCAUAGUGACAGAAGGUUAAUCUAUGUUGAAGUCCAGUUAAGCUUCCAGUCACGCUUGCCUCCAGGUUUCCCUCCUUGUUCUUCAGACCCAGUCCCAGCAGGCAAUAGUUGGAUGAUCAUUCUAUAGUUCUUAUUCACAUUUAAAGAAUAUGAAAAUCAUGUAAGUUGGUGGGUUGAAACUGCAAUAACACCAUUAGACCUGCCAGUUCUGUAUGACAAAGGUCUUUUGAGAUAUUAAGUCUUCCCUGGGUAAUAAUGAUGCAUGUGUAGUUAUGCAGUGGCGUGUUCAUUUUUUUAGGGGUUUUAGUCGUCUAGAGAUGGAGACAGUUUUCAUGUAAAUCCUUAUGCUGCAUGUUUCCUUUGUUAUCUAGCAGUUUUUGUUCUUUUCCAUCUGUUUCCAAAUACGUAUCUAUCCACUGAGUUAUAUUUUGAUGGUGAAUUUUCCUGAUACACUGUCUAGCUCUCCAUAGGAUCCUGUACGUACCUUUUUCUGUUGCAAUAUUACAAACCAGUUGUCCCUCUUAUUCCAGUAAUACUUGUUGCAUCCAUCCAAUGGAUUACACUGUUGAAUCUUGCAAAAAUCAAUAUAAAUUUUCAAUAAAA